CAACCUCUUCCCCAUCCCAAUUUUCGAAAGGCCGCCCUUUCCCUUAUCCCUCCCGCAACACCGGAACUAGACCUAGAGGUAAUCUAAACCUCGGUCCCUGCAUCAUAAUCAAGGGAGAAGGAGUUUACACUAGAAUUUAUCACGGUUACCUCCCUGAUACCCCACGACUCGGUGACGCGCAAUCGGUCAAAACCUCGCCAUUCGAUCACCAACGAGACCCGAAACCGUAGGAUGGCAACUGAGUCACCCAAAGAGCGAUCCGAUGAAGCUACUCUGACUUCAGCAACCGAGCUCAACAUCAGCAUCGACACCGACUCGAAAUAUGUCGACUCCAACCGACCGCACAUAAACGGCGAUGCUUCCGCUUCCGCCACGGACGAGUUCGAGAACAAGCACAUUACCGACAUCGUUGACGAUCUGGUGAACUCGACAGAAGUUAGCAUUAGUGGAGGAUCCGACAACGAGGCCGCCAAAUCCGAUGCUUCCAAGACCAAGGAUGACGCGAAGAGCCGGGCUUCCUCGGGUUUGAAGAAGCCCGCCUCGUUCAAGCCCAUCAAUGUCAACAAGACCUUCCUCACGGCCAAGGCCUCGGCUCCCGGAGCGCAGUCAAAACCGCCAGAGAAGGCGGGCCCAACCACCACUGGGGCACCCGCCGCUUCCACCGGUGCGGCGACAUCUACCCGACCCAGGCUAGUUGCCAAGGCCGGCAGCGGCCUGGUUGCCAAGGGGUCCGGAGCGAACGGCGGGAAGUCGGCUCCUGACGGGAACGCCGUCUGGAACAAGAAUAGACCUGCUCCUCCCCCGGAACCCAAAAAAUACACCGACGAGGAGCUCAAGAAGUACGGCAUACACAUGGCGACGCGGCUUCAAACCGACGACCCAAAAGCGAGCCAGUCCAACUGGGCCGACAUAGAUGACGACGACGAGGACUGGGUCCCAGAUACGAUCACGUGGAAGGACGGAACCAAGAUCGCCAUUGCCCCCGCCGAAGAGCACCCGGCGCCCGCGCCAGAACCCGCCGCACCUCCGACAGCCAAGGAGAACGAGCCGGCAGAGAAAGCGAAGCCGCCGGCUCCCGGGCCCUCCCCAGCCGUCAAACCCGGCGUCCUUGCCUCCGGAAAGGGGCUUGUCCUGAAGGGAGCGCCUGAGAAGCCAACCCUGGUUGCCAAACCGCCGCCGCCGCCUGCGCCAACGAAAUCACCGUGGGCACCCCUCCCCAAGAUUGAUAAAGUCUCCCCGGUGGCGGUGGAUGCGCCGACCCAAGCUGGACCAAUUUUCCCUUCGAAGAACGCCCCGACUCAACAACAAACUUAUGCCGCACCGCCCCCCAAGGAGAUCGCGGCAGACGACUUCAGCCGAGGAGCCGCUUGGCGGGAUGGUGCCCCGGGCGCCAACAGGGAGCUUUUCAACUCGCAAUCUGGCCGCUAUGAGCCGGUGUUUGACCGCCGCGGUCCGAUGCGCCACGAGCCAUCGGCGCACGGCAGACAGCCGGCCCUCUUGCAACGAGGGUUGCCCCAUGAGCAACAAGGGCCGAUUGAGCCACCGGGCGCUUCCCAGGCCGGGAGGAACAACGAGCAGCAGGGUUCCUAUGGGCGGAGACGCGGAUCUUCCAAUGUUAGUGGUGGAAGCGGUAGCUGGCAGCGACUUAAAAGUCUCGAGCACCCUCUCCCUCCUCCGGAGCUCAUCAAUGCUCGUCGCGCAUCCCAGACCGGCGGAAGCGACAGCCCCGCUUCGCCCAGGAAUUUCUCCCCGUCCGGUGUCCAAGGCGGACCGCGUCAGGGCCAGCCAUGGCAGCCCAGGCCUUCCCCCGGCACAAUUCACGCGACUCCCUUUCAGACGGGAGGCCCAGCUCCAGAUGGGCGUAGCAUGCCGCCUCCCGCUCAGCCGCCAUCCAGCGUUGCCGUUACCGAAGAUGAGUUCGAGUUGCAGAAGAGACUGAUGCGUGAGCGCCGGGAGCUCGCCAUGAGGCGCCGUCAGGAGGAAGAAGCGCGAGAAGAGGCGGCGCGCAGGGAACGGAUCCGCCUGAAGCUGGAGGCACUGGGUCCUCCUCCCGAGUCUAACAGCGCCAAGAAAGCGGCAGCGAAAGAGCAACCGGCGACGCCCACACAAAUCCAGUCCCGUGAAAAGGGAACUUCCGAGAAGUCUACGCCAGCCGAAUCGCACGUGGCUAAGAGGGAUGUGCCUGCGGCGGCAGUUAUGUCUGAGCCGGCCAAGCCAACCCCGCCGUCGAACGGACCGCCAGCACAACCCCUGCCACAGCUCGACGGUGUCGAACCUCGAUCUCAACAACCCAGCGGCAGCAGCCAUAGCCACUCUUGGGCGCCGGCGGCGCGGCCACCCGAUCGGCAGUCGGCGGGCUGGGGCUUGCAGCCUUCAAAGAACGUUUGGGCCGCGCCGAUUAGUAACCGGAGCCUAGGGAACGGCACCUUCGCCGCCGACAUUGGGGCACCACAGCUUCCAACCGGACCAGGGCCUAUUGCUCCGCCGAGCAGCGCUCGUGCUGGACCGCCCGCAUGGCAGCCGCCGAUUGGUCCUCCGAGACAACCCUCUAGGGGUUCGGCGGAGCGCGACCGUGAGAUGAAGGACACUGCGUGGGCCGCAGCUGUGCGACUCAACGACGACAAGUUCGCCGAGAUGCUCAACACUGAAUACGAGGACCGCCAGCGUCGUAUGCAAGCGGAAGGUCGCUCGCUGACGGAUAUCCAGCCUGCCAUCAGAGAGACAUGGCGCCCAGUCAAGCUCGAUGAUAAUGGUGUACGCACCGAGGCUGCCACGAAGCAGACCCUGCAGAUUGGCCAGGAAAACCCAUGGGCGGCUGCCGUCGAGUCAAAAUCCGUACCGCCGCAGCAAACGCCUUCGGUGUCGAGCGGUGCAACGUCCGAAUACAGCCAACUUCCUCAAGGCGCAGUGCCCACUCGCGACCUGGCAUCGGCGUCCAUGCUUGGCGCAAAGACGGCGACAGCGCAACAAGGCAGGGGCUCGCGCUUCUUCCCGUCCAGAGACGCCCGCCAAGAAGCGGGACGUGAUGUCCGGACAGAAGCAAGCUCAGAAGUGUUGCGGUACACAUCUCCCUCUCCCCCUCCACCCGAUAUGGAUGGCCAUCCCGCCUUCGAUGGCGACGCUACCCACCCACAUGUCUCGUUGCCGCGGCCGCAUCCGGUCGUUCGGCUCCCUCCUUCGGUAGGGAAGGAGACGCAGGCAGAUGCCGGUAAAGCUCCUCCCGGUCAGUCGAGGUCGCAGGGGCCAAGCUUUGCUUGGGCAGCGCAAGCGGCCUACAGGGAGCCAGACAAUGGGCCGAGGGCAGCGGCUCAAAAAACGGACAGCACGUGGCAAGCCAAGAUCGACAGCCUGCUGGGCGGGCGGAAGGUACAUCCGUCCAGGGCUGCCGGGCCCGACAGCCGCGUUUCUCAUCACAACCACGAGGCCCCUUCGCCUGUCCCGCAAACUGUCCACCCGAGAACCGAUGAGUCGGUCACAUCGAAGGUGAUGGACGAGGAGUGCUUCGAGGAGCAGGAGAUGGGGUCGACACCGCCUAUCAGGCUGCCCAAGACGAUACCGGAGAUGGCUUGGCAGCCUAGCCCGCCACCGAAGCCGCUGCACAAAAAGCUCUACCCCGUCGUAGUCAGCCGGGAUCCUAUCAGCUUUCCUGUCGACGUUUCGGGGGCUGGGACGGUAUGGCGCGUCAGAAUCCCCGGCACCGAGAGCAAGAGCAUCACGAUCCCGUUUGGCCGAACGCGCAGCAACCCGCGUCGUGGCGGAGGACCGCGUGGUGGGCGGCAUGCAUCGUCGACCCAGCAUAGGCCGGGCAAAGGCCGUGAGGCAUCGUCUUCGUACUCGGCAGAGCAGGGCGGCAGCAACGCCUCAGGAUCCGGUUCCUCACACGGGAGAAACUCCCGGGGCGGCUACCGAGGUCGCAACGACAAUUGGUCACGCAACGCGACGGCGCAGAUCCAGACUUGAUGUGGUUUGCGAUAAGCGGACCAGUCUGUCUUGUUGCUAAGGACAUGAGUUGGGGGGGGGGGGUUGUCUGGGUUAUUAGACGCAUUCGACCGUUAUU